CCAUGAACAAUGCUGCUCGUGUUUUCCCAGCGCUGCUCCAGGCCCCUGUGCACACCGCUCCGCGUCCAAACAGCGCUGUUUACCCCGAACCUGCACAUUCUCCUCAGCCAGACCAGGCGUAAAAACAUGACGAGAAGCUCUAUUUUUACAACUGAGAACAAUAAUGCUCAUAGGGUUAGUGCAGAUGAAUAUAUUUCACUCUUUAUCCAGGCUGUAGCCGUCGUUAAUGGAGGGCGGCUCGAGUUUGGCGCCAAGGCCGUAUCAAAUCCCGCGUUAGCAUUAGCAUAUGAUUUAGCAUGCUGCCUGAAGUGCACUAAUCAUUGUUGGUUUGCGUUAUAAGUUCACAUGUGCGACAUUAUUAUGGUUUUUAAAUUAAAAUUCUAAUUUUGUGGACUAUAAAGUAUGUUUGUUAUGUCUGAAUAUCCCGCAUACAUGACGAGGAUUUGAUACUGACCUGGCAACCCGGUUCAAGAUGGCGCCUCGCUCUGUCACGCUUUUUUUACACACAAGUUAUUCAUUAAUAAUGAUUAAAAAUCACGAACUAAACUCGCAUCUAACUUAGUAAACAUCAACAGAUUAAGAUGAAGUUGGAUUCUUGUGUUGAAAUCUGAUCUUUAUUUUACUUUAACGCUAUUUAGUUUAACAUCAAGUAAAAAAAAAAACCCAUAAAAACAGCUUCAGAACUGUUUCCCAAACUUGUGCGCGGCAUAAAAUGGCUGCUGUAAUGUUUUAAUUUAUUUAUUUACACCAAAGAAGCAGCUCUAAACUAAAGUAAGUCAUUUGUAAAGAAUUUCAGACUCAGGAAGGCGUGUGAAGCCCCGCCCCUUUCCUGGAUCGGGGGCGUGGUUAUGGCUCCCACUUCCGGUGUCCAAGGAUUUCCCUUCUGGGAAAAAAAAAAUAUAUAUCCUGUAGUUAGAGACGGCAGAAGUACACAAUUCCUUCCUCAAGUAAAAUUCUAAGUCCUGCUCUACAAAAAAGCUUCAUAUUACAAAAUUACAAGAUUGCAAACUUUCUAAAUUAACUUAAAUUUGUCCAAAUAUCACGAGUCAUUUAUGAGUCAUUGUGUGUAAACAAAAUAUUAAAAAAAAAAAUUCCUGACAUAAUCAAUGUUUGAAAACGUUUGUAAAUUUCUUUGUGUGCAUGUUGAUAAAUGCCAAUCAGCUGUAAAAUAGUAACAAAGCAGGGUGUAUUCACAUUUAGCCACGCCCACAAAACUCCAUAAAAGGCAAAGAGAGCUCAAAAUGACAAAGUGACGACUAAACGAAAAAGAGUGCUUCCUUAUAUGGAAAUUUACACUUUUACAAUGUACUAUAUGAACUUUUUUUUUUACAACUACAUGAAUUUCCACAACCCAAUAUUUCCUCCGAACAAUUUAUGAAAAAAUUUGUUCAUAUGUGAUAAAUUUGGCCUGUGGUUUUGUUUGCAUUCAUAUACUCAACCCUAUAAAAACAUUCAGAGCUGUAAAAAGGUCCAUUUCUUAAGCCGUGUUUCUGGAAUGUUCUAGUAAGCGCCGUUAUUUACACGUCUUAUGUUAAAAACGAUGAUUUUUAUGUUUAGCUCCACCCCCUCGUUUGAUUGGCAGGUCACUUUGUCGCAAGUAAUAAGAUCUGUUUGAAAUUCCCGUUUUCAACCACAGCAUUCUCAAGCGUGCAGGUUCUUCUUUACUAUUGACUCGACCUCUUUGAUUUGUAAAUUUCCAUUCAUCGUCACAACAGCGUUUUCUUUUUGUGUCGAGCAGAGGCUCUGACGAGCACCAUGACCCAAAAAAAAAAAAAAAAAAAACCCACAAAAGAACUAGUGGUGCCUUCAAGAAAACAAGAAGUUGUACCGUCUUUUUAUGGCUUUGUUUUUGAGCUCCUGUGGUUACAGCUACACAGCUAUAUGAGUUACAGUACAUAAUUUGGUGAUAUGAGUUUAUACUUAUAUUCCAUGUUUAAUUAUUUAAAAAAAAAAAAAUCAAAAUAAAUUAGGUUUUUUGUAGUUGUAGUAAUCAAAAAUCAAACCCUGUAAUAGACAAAAUAGUCUAGUUUAAUUCCAAAAAAACCCUCCACAAGUAAUAGCUGAUUAUUUUGUGCUGAUUAAAUGUGGCUUGUGAUUACGAACGGCAAAUAUUGUGGCAUUUAUGUUUAUAAUUUUUUUCAGAAAUUAUUGUAGAACAAAACUGUGAUGGCAAAAAAAAAAUUAUUGUUAACAUCUAGUUACUCUACGGACUAAAGCUAAUUUAACGAUUAUUCUCUGUUACUAUCAUCAAAUAAAAAAUUAGUUUUAGAUACUGUUUGUUUUUGUACGAUACGUAUCCCAGAAACGUAUUCGUCAGCUGCGUUUGCGUUGGAGCUACUGGCAGGAGAAAGAGCGACAGUGUACUUCCAGCGUCCUUGUUUUUUCUUUGUCCAGCGACGUCACUGAACUCUGUUUACGUUUCUCGGGUUUUAUUAGUAGCCAUGUUCUUAAUGACAUUAAGUGCAUUAGCUAGCUAAAUUAGCUAGCUUGGUUUGAAAUAAGAGAGGGUUUUAUUUCACUUGUAAAAUGAGGUGAAAAAUAUGAAAAAAGAUAUAAAUGUAUAAAUGAACAUUUCAGAUCUGUUAGACUUUACAAAUUUUGCGUAGGAGCUUCGAAUUUGAACAGAGUUUAAAAAAAAAUGCCAAAAGAACAGUCUUCUUUUUUCACUCUAAUAAAAACAGCAGAGAAACCAAUCGACACGUGAAUCCAGAAUGAUUGACAGUUGCGCAGGUGUUUUAAGCGAAAAACUUUCUCUUACUUUCUGUCAUGAUAGAGAUUGUUUUUUUGUUAAUGUGAAAUAAAGUUGUGCGUGUGUCAGACGUAACUAGCUAACUAUUAAUUAUUAAUUAUUUAUACCACAGAGCAGAUGAAUGCUUGAAUCUGAUUGGUAGGAAGGUGUGUAUUAUUUUCGUAUAUAACAGCACGAGUAGUUCGAGCUGUGACUUGAAUGGGAAGUUUAUAUUAAUGCGCUUGUUCUAAUACGUUGUCGUUUCUAUAGUAACAUCUCAUUCACAGGAACUCGUGACAGGUACGGCGGAUGCUCCACAUAAUCUAAGACUGAAAAUAAAUGGAUUAAAAAAACGUGUUGUUUAACAAAGAAUGAGAUUUGGAUGACGGACGCAGGCUGAGAGAAUACACUAGCUUGCUCUACGGCUUGAAAUUUAUGGAUACAUCAGGAUGAAACGACUCAGGACUUCAAGCAGUAGUGACAGUUCAGACAAUGAGAGUCCCUCAACGUCCUUUUCUACGAAUAAGUAUGGCAGUAAACCCGGAACCCCCGCCUCUGCUCAGAAAAAGCCAGCAGAGGUGUUCAGAAAAGACCUGAUCAGUGCGAUGAAGCUGCCGGACUCUCACCACAUCUCUCCUGAUGAUUAUUACCUGCUGGCUGACACGUGGAGACAGGAGUGGGAGAAAGGAGUACAGGUCCUGGCUAGCCCUGAUACCAUUCCCCAUCCCUCUGUCAGGGUCAUGGCAGAGAGGCCGAAGGAGAUUCUGUUCUCCAGGCCGAGGAAGUACAUCCAGUGCUGGAGUCAGGACUGCACGGAGACGGGCUACGUGAACAUUAAGGAGCUGGCUGAGGCCAUGUGCAGGUACGACCUGGACGACACUGACCUGUACUGGCUACGACACCUCAACAUGGAGCUGCUGCACAUGGGGGAAGGGACGUUGGACGAGUUGACCAUGGAGCGAACGAUGGAGGCUCUUGAAAGAAAGUGCCAUGACAACAUGAACCACGCCAUCGAGACGGAGGAAGGGCUGGGCAUCGAGUACGACGAGGACGUCAUCUGUGACGUGUGUCGCUCCCCCGACAGCGAGGAGGGCAACGACAUGGUCUUCUGCGACAAGUGCAACAUAUGUGUUCAUCAGGCUUGUUAUGGCAUUGUGAAAGUUCCAGAUGGAAACUGGCUGUGCAGGACGUGUGUACUCGGCAUCAACCCGCAGUGUAUACUGUGUCCCAAAAAAGGAGGCGCGAUGAAGGCCACGCGAGCGGGAACGAAGUGGGCACACGUCAGCUGUGCUCUCUGGAUACCUGAGGUGAGCAUUGCAUGUCCAGAAAGGAUGGAACCCAUCACUAAACUGUCUCACAUUCCACCCAGCCGCUGGUCUCUCAUCUGUAGCCUGUGCAAGAUCAAAACCGGAGCCUGCAUACAGUGUUCGGUGAAGAACUGCACCAUCCCUUUCCACGUCACCUGCGCCUUCGAGCACAACCUGGAGAUGAAGACCAUCCUGGACGAAGGCGACGAGGUCAAGUUUAAAUCCUACUGCCUGAAGCACAGCAAGCCCAAAGCGGGCGAGCCCGGGCUGAGCCCCGCGCGACACAAACCCCCUACGGAGACGGAGAAGGUGGGCCUGAGAGCGCAGAAGCUCCAAGAGCUCGAGGAGGAGUUCUACAAGCUGGUGCAGCCGGACGAGGUGGCGCAGGAGCUGGGGCUGCCUCUCCACCUGCUCGACUUUAUCUACCAGUACUGGAAGCUGAAGAGGAAGGGCAGUUUUAACAAAGCCCUUCUGCCGCCUAAAGAGGAGGAGGAGAACCUGCUGAGGCAGCCGCAGGAGGACAGCAUACACACACGCAUGCGCAUGUUCAUGCACCUCCGCCAAGACCUGGAGAGGGUGAGGAAUCUGUGCUACAUGGUGAGUCGGAGAGAGAAGCUAAAACUGUCUCAGAGUAAAGUCCAGGAGCAGAUCUUCAACCUUCAUGUCAAACUCAUGAACCAAGAACAAGCUGCAGAACUGCCGGUGUCGUCAAACGUGGAGAACCUGAUUUUCCCGCCUCCUCCCAGGAUAACCAUCAAACUCAAAAUCAAAAGCAAAACCAGCACCAAGUCGGGAAACGGGCCGCUGAGCCCGGAUAACAGCAGUAACGUGUAUGACGUGAGCGGGACCGGGAUAGGGCAGGGCAAACCUCAGCUCCAGCACAGCCGAGCGCCGAGGGAGGAGCGAACCAACGGCAUCGUCCCCAUCACCAAGCCGACGGGGAAGCCUCUGGCGCUACACGCCGCCCUGCACGGCCACUCGGCCAAGCCCGAGCAGGACAGACCACACCAGCAUUCACUGAAAUCCAACGGCAUCAUGGAGAAGCCUGUGGUUCAGAGAAACCCGACUCCACCCGAGCAGGGAACGUGCGAGAAACACUCUGGGAAAGGUCAGCCGGGCGCGUUUCAUAAAUCCACAAUGGAGCACUUCAGCAGAACCCUGAAAGAAGCCACCGUCAGCCUGGUACGGACUACUGCGGAUCUCUGGAGCGCCAACAAGAACGGCCAUAAAAACAAAGAGCGGACAAACUGCGGGAAAGCACCGAGCGCCGCCGAGCGAGCACCAAAGAGUGGAGGAUACCAGGAGAGCGACGGGUACUGCCCCGACCUCGAGCUGAGCGAUUCUGAACCUGAAGCCAAAGGCAAGCGACAGAGAGGGGGCAGAGGGUUGAGCGAGAGGAGCCCGGCUGGUGGUUAUGGGCGUGGUGGAACUCGGGGGAAUGUUUCUUUAGGUUCCAGGACUUCUGUGCAAAGGUGACGAGCUCGCAAAAAAAAAAAAAAAAAUCUCCAACCAACUGCUGUAGGUCUGCUAACGUAAAGCGCUGUCGCGUACCGCAGGAGGAACGGUCUCCGGUUGCGCCGGCCGACGGGUCGAAAAAGUGGCGUAGCGGAUUUUAGAAAGUGGUCUUUCCAUUGUAUUGGAGCUGCCUUAUAAACUAUAGACACGGGAGACCACAGUGUCUGAUUUUCAGACCGUCUAGCAGUGUUUGUGUAUAUACUGGUUAAAGAAGCGAUUUUUAGGUUGUGUAUAUAUUAGCUCGUAUGUCAGGAGUGUUGAUUCCAACAUCCUCCAAACAUUCUUAUAGUUAUGCAAAUAAAUAAAGGCAUAAGAACGACACUGUUCGAGUCUGACAACAUGGAUUUGUGUCUCUCUGAUGUUCAUGUUAGCAUUAGCAUGCUUGGCUGAUCCUCGUUCCUUAGCGUUCCUGUCGUUCUAAAAUCCCGGUGUCUUGUGAGUAGCCGAAACUCGUUUUCUGUCAGUGUUUUUGUACGUGUUGGAUGAGAGUCGAUUUAAUUUUUUAAUAAUGCUAUAUUUUUUACUCCACAAUCUUUGUAUCAUGUGUUCAUGAUAUGAAUCUGCCAAUGAAAUUAAAACGUGUUAAAGCUAGGACACUAUGUGGCCAUUAGGGUGCAGUGUGGGACGAGAUUUCAGCAUUUUUUAUUUUUUUGCUUCAAUCACCUUUACGGUUUCGAUCGUGAGCUCGCCUUCCCAAAGCAUCGCAAAGUUUAACCUGGUGGAGAGAGAGAGUGUUCACUGUGAUGCUCGCUCGACCAUUUUACGAUACUUUUAGAAAACAAGUUCAUAAGAACUAAAUUAGAUACCGGACCAAAUCAGCGUUUGUUGUAUGAAAGCUGAAAAGAGAUUACGUGUCCACUUGCACAUUUUGUGUCUUUUCACGUCCUCGCUCUGUAUUACUGAUGUGUCGUUCGUGAAAGAGUCGACUCUGAGUCGGUUCUUUUUAGCCAAGCGUUGAGAGCUGACUCGCAAAUGUGACCGAGUGUUUCCUUCCUCUUUUUUUUUUCUUUUCUAGAUGUAGGCAACAUUUUUGCUCUUCCAGUGUAAAUUUAUCAAAAUGCUUCCAUGAAAUCCUCUUUUCAACGUCUGAGCUGUUGGUUAGUGAGAAUUAAUUCAUCUUUAGCAACCGCUUUAUCCUGCUCGGGGUUUCAGUAAUUAUUAAAUCAAAUAAAACUUUCAUUCCUUUGCGUCCCUUAUGUCAUGAUUUAUUCGAAAAAAAUAAAUUCAAAGUAUUGCAAACUUUGUAAAAAUGGCAAGGAGUCAUUUGUGAGCAAAAAGAGUCGACUCUUAUUGGUAAGCUGUGCCAAAUGAUUCACUGACUCACUGAAAAGAACUGGAAUUCCCAUCCCAUGACUUGGCAUCAUUUAUUUAAAAAAAAAAGUUUGCAAUAUUGCAAAGUUUGUCCAGUUUGAAAAAAAUAUGGUAAUGAGUCAUUUGGGAGGCAAAAGAGUGUUCAUAUUGGUGAGCUGAGCCAAAUUGAUUCAUGGGCUCACUAAAAAGACCUGGAAUUCCCAUCCCAAGACCAAAAAACAAGAAAAGAAAAACCCUUUCAAAAUAUCACAGAACUUUGUUGAUUUUAGGAAAAAAAAAGGCAGUCAUUUGCAAAGAGUCGAGUCUUAUUGGUAAGCUGAGCCAAAUGAUUCAGUGACUCACUAAAAAGAACUGGAGUUCUUAUCCCAAAAUUGUCCCUUAUUUCAUCAUUUGAUCAAAAAGUGUUCAAAUUAUUGCAGAACUUUGCCCAGUAAAAAAAAAAAGCCAAUGAGUCAUUUGUAAGCUGAAAGAAUCAAGACUCAAAUGAUUCAAUGACUCACUAAAAAGAACUUGAAUUCCCAUCACACAACUUGCAUCCCAUAUGCCAUAAUUUCUUUCUUUCUUUCCUUUUUUUUUUUUUUUUUUUUUUUUUUAUAAAAUGUUCAAAAUUUCUCAUAUGUCCAGUUAAAAUGAGUCAUUUGUGAACCAGAAGAGUCGACUCUUAAUGGUGAGCUGAGCCAAAUGAUUCAAUGACUCACUAAAAAGAACCUGACUUCCCAUCUCUCCUCUCUGCUCGUCGUCAUUGGGCGACUGUCACUUUGACUCUGGCUUCGUUUUAGUGAAGCCCUCGUCUGAUUGGAUAAACGUGACACGGCACCCCACCCGUGCUCGUUUGCAUAAAGUUCAGAUUUGUUUCGCCAUCAUGCAAACAUCACGCACUGCACGAAUGCGGCAGAUCUCUCCAUUGCAAUGACCAGCAUGUGGCACGUGAAGUUGCGAGUGGACACGUACCAUUAAACCGCCCAACCCUGAAAUGCUUCAUAACACAUUGCUUUUAAUAAAUUUGCAUAAUUCAUUCAUAAAGAGGAGGAAGACUGCCAUGAGCUAGGAGACUAGCAUGUCCUGUCUGUUGUGUAUGUACUAGACUAAUAGUCUUGCAGUAAUGUUAUACAUACACACACGAUCAUAAUAAGCCAAUCUUAAGUGCUUUUUUUUUUUAACAUGUCUCCAUGUGUCAAGAUUCAUGACCGAAACAGGGGCUUCUUUUAUUUUUCCUCAUAAAUCACAGGAGAAAUCAUUUACACGUCUGGUUUCACGCCGCUCUGUGUGACAUGAACCUCAGUGUUGCUUCUCUGUAGCUUGUAAAGAGGGCUUAAUGAUUUUUCUUUAUGUUCUUCCAGGAAAUCCCCCAAACAGCAUUGUGUACUGUGUGCUACUGCAGGCAAUAGAGAACACUGUAACAGUGUGCAUGAACUAUGCGUCACGUUUGGAUACGAGUACUGUCUUUUUUUCAUUAUUUCUUACCUGAUGCUAUAUAUUGAAAUGGACCUGUUUUUUUUUUAAAGACAGAGCCUCUUGCAAUAAACUUUGAAUGCUGAUUUGUCAGGA